AUGACCCACCUGGUCAUCCAAUUCCUAUUUUAUCUAUUAGCAUUAGUAUCUGGGGUCUUUGGGUUUGAGUUCACGACUUCUUUCGAUGACUGGGUGGGCAACACAACAUACACGAUUUCUUGGAAUGCAUCGGUCUCCGAUCCUAGUAUCUAUGACCUUACUUUGGUUCAGCCUCGCGAUAUGUAUAGUGUGGGUAUAAAUCCGGUCAUCUCAUGGCCUACUCAGUGGUCCAACAAGUAUGCAAUUCAAAUUCCUCGAUUUGGCGACCGGACUAUUCAAGUUCCCCUUGAUUCGAACGUUUGGCCAGGGAUGUACUAUUGGCGUAUGGAUAGCGCGAAUGGGUCAGUGCCACUCAGCAAGACAUUCCUGAUAUCGAGUUCGAGUGGUAGCACCAGCCCAACCACGAUAACCUCCUUCGUUCCGGUGACAGCUACUGGAGAUGUUGUUCAAACAACAGAUGGGAAAACUGUUACUCACAGAUCCUCAGAGGUCUACUCUUCGGCGAUUAUAUACACGACAGUUAUCGUUGUUUCCGAUGGUGGUAAUGGCUCACCCUUGGGAAAAACUCCCAUGAUAAUAGGAAUGGUAUUGGCCCUCAUCUUCCUGAUAACUUUGCCCAUCCUUGUAUGGCUUCUCCUUCGCUACCGUCGUCGUCCCUCCCAAUCUUUUGAAAAGGAUAAACCCACUCCGAUAGAAUUAGGAGGGAUCCCCAAUUCUAGUGUUCCAGACCUCGCGCCUUCAAACGCCUCAGUAGUUAGCUCCACCAUCACUCCGGCAAGAUCUACCAGAACUACUACUCGACAAGUUUGGGCUAUUGUUGACGGCGAGAAACAACUGGUAACUAUCUCUCAGGAUCCAACGCCAUCGCAAAUACGGUGGAACCCAAUCCCUUUGCCGACCCUCUACACCGAACUCCCCUAA